GGAGCUGGCCUAGGAGAGGAGCGAAGCCCUCCCAGGACCCUCAGGCGACCCCUUGCCAGCAUUCCCAGUGCCAGACCUCCAGGGAGGAGAGACCCAGGACACCCAGCCCCAGAUCCCCCAGGAGGAAGCUCACUAUGGCUCCAGUCCCCUGGCCAUGCUGACAGCGGCGUGCAGCAAAUUUGGUGGCUCCAGCCCUCUGCGGGACUCAGCGACACUGGGCAAAGCAGGCACAAAGAAGCCAUACUCUGUGGGCAGUGACCUUUCGGCCCCCAAAACCAUGGGCGAUGCCUACCCAGCCCCCUUUUCAAGCACCAAUGGGCUCCUCUCACCUGCAGGCAGUCCUCCAGCACCCACCUCGGGCUAUGCCAAUGACUACCCUCCCUUUUCCCACUCAUUCCCUGGGCCCACAGGCACCCAGGACCCUGGGCUACUAGUGCCCAAAGGGCACAGCUCUUCUGACUGCCUGCCCAGUGUCUACACCUCUCUGGACAUGGCACACCCCUAUGGCUCCUGGUACAAGGCAGGCAUCCACGCAGGCAUCUCACCAGGCCCUGGCAAUGCUCCUACUCCUUGGUGGGACAUGCACCCUGGGGGCAACUGGCUAGGUGGCGGGCAGGGCCAGGGUGAUGGGCUGCAAGGGACACUACCCACAGGCCCUGCUCAGCCUCCACUGAACCCCCAGCUGCCCACCUACCCGUCUGACUUUGCCCCCCUUAAUCCUGCCCCCUACCCAUCUCCCCACCUCCUGCAGCCAGGGCCCCAGCAUGUCUUGCCCCAAGAUGUCUAUAAACCCAAGGCGGUGGGCAACAGCGGGCAGCUGGAGGGGAGUGGUGGAGCCAAACCCCCUCGGGGUGCAGGCACAGGGGGCAGUGCUGGCUACGGGGGCAGUGGAGCAGGGCGCUCCUCCUGUGACUGCCCCAACUGCCAGGAGCUAGAGCGCCUGGGUGCCGCAGCAGCCGGGCUGCGGAAGAAGCCGAUCCACAGCUGCCACAUUCCGGGCUGCGGCAAAGUGUAUGGCAAGGCCUCCCAUCUGAAGGCCCACUUGCGCUGGCACACGGGCGAGAGGCCCUUCGUCUGCAACUGGCUCUUCUGCGGCAAGAGGUUCACCCGUUCGGACGAGCUGGAGCGCCACGUGCGCACUCACACCCGGGAGAAGAAGUUCACCUGCCUGCUCUGCUCCAAGCGCUUUACCCGAAGCGACCACCUGAGCAAACACCAACGCACCCACGGCGAGCCAGGCCCAGGACCCCCGCCCAGUGGCCCCAAGGAGCUGGGGGAGGGCCGCAGCGCCGGGGAAGAAGAGGCCAGUCAGACGCCCCGACCUCCGGCCUCACCGGCACCCGCAGAAAAAGCCCCUGAAGGCAGCCCAGAGCAGAGCAACCUGCUGGAGAUCUGA